GUAGCAUUUUAUGUUGAGUCUGGUUUCAAGUUACAAUGGUCCAGAAAAUACCAUUGUAUGUUGAAACUAUUGUAUGUUGAGGCCAUUGUAAGUUGAGGGAUCACUGUAUAGCUAAAGAGCUGGCUCAUAUAAAGAGGCCUGAGCUGCAAUACCAGACACAGCCAGAGGACAAGAGUGGUGCUGUUUCUGAAAGAAAAAAAAAAAGUUGAUCCUUUCAAUUUGUUUUCAUUAAAAGUUGCAUAAACAAUCCAAAAUAUACACCCUGAUUAUAAAAGUUACAGCUUGUAUAGAGGAUACACCAUCCCCGCUCUUUGUAAAUGAGAUAUACCACUUCCUCUUGGGGGAGGGUAGUACGUCUAACCUAAAGAAGAAGUUUCACAUUGACUCAUAAAUACUGACAUCUAAAAAGUAAGGCACAUUUGUCUUUAGUGUUCGCCUCAUUGCAGGGACACAGAUUGCAACAUACAGACAAGAUGGAGCAGACCUGCGAAGAAAUCGAUGAAAUGUUUAGUAACCUACUGGGAGAGAUGGACCUGUUAACACAGAGCCUGGGUAUAGAAAAUGACCCGAUAAUGAAAGCCCUCAGCACAGACACAGAGAUGAACUAUUCUUUUGGGUUCAAAGAUUUAAAUGAGUCCCUCAAUGCCCUCGAGGACAAUGAUCUGGAUGCUCUCAUGGCCGACCUGGUGGCUGACUGCAAAGAUGCCGAACUAAAAGUGAACAGUAAAAGCUACAAUAACGUGCCUCCCUUUCCUACUGAAGAUACCUUAAAGAAAUAUUAUCCAGAUGAUUAUAAUAAUGUAGCCACUGGUUCCAUGGAUGACCUGUCUUCUCUCCCACCACCACCCCCGAGUGCAUGGGAAAUGGAUCUUCCUCCUCCGCCACCACCACCUCCGGAUGCUGUAGAACCAAAGGACGCAGACGAUUCAAAAGCCAAAGCUGAUAAAAUAAAGCUGGCUUUGGGCAAAAUGAAAGAAGCCAAAGUUAAAAAGCUGAUUGUUAAGGUUCACAUGACAGACAGCAGCACCAAGACCUUGAUGGUGGACGAACGCCAAACUGUCCGUGAAAUACUGGACAACCUGUUUGAGAAGACACAUUGUGAUUGUGCUGUGGAGUGGUGUUUAUAUGAGGAAAAUCCUGAGCUUCAGAUUGAGAGAUUCUUUGAAGACCAUGAAAACAUUGUAGAAAUCCUUUCUGACUGGACAAGAGACAGUGAGAACAAAAUUUACUUUGUGAAAAAGUCUGAAAAAUAUGCUGUGUUUAAAAAUCCUCAGAAUUUCUACAUGGCCAGGAAAGGAAGUGCAGAUGUGAAGGACAUGACUGAAAAAAAUAAAGUUGCUUUGCUAGAGCAAAGCUUUUGUGGAGUCUCCGUUGUAGUGCCGGAUCUUGAAGGAGCUUUUUAUUUAAAAGAAGAUGGCAAAAAGUCUUGGAAGAAAAGAUAUUUUCUCCUGCGGGCUUCUGGAAUUUAUUAUGUGCCUAAAGGAAAGACGAAGACGUCCCGCGAUUUGGCUUGUUUUAUCCAGUUCGAUAAUGUCAACGUUUAUUAUGGCAUGCAGUACAAGGCGAAGUACAAAGCCCCCACCGAUCACUGCUUCGUCCUGAAGCAUCCACAAAUUCAAAAGGAAUCCCAAUACAUAAAAUACCUGUGCUGUGAUGACCCAUGGGUGCUCCACCAGUGGGUGACUGGAAUAAGAAUAGCAAAGUACGGGAAAACCUUAUAUGACAACUAUAAAGCUGCCGUCCAAAAGGCUGGCCUGGCUUCCCAUUGGUCUUCCCUUAGCAAUCCAUCAGUACAAGGCACAGCGGGCAAACCUCAAGGAAACGGACAGGUUCCUCAAAAUGUAACAAGUGUCAGCUCAAGCUUCUCAGAUGCCUGGAAACGUGGAGAAACAGCUAAGGGCACACCAUUAAAUGAGAGCUCAAAACCUGAAGUUAUUAGGCAUCCAACACCGACAUUAGCAAAAAAGCCUCCACCCGCACCUAUAAGAUCAUCAUCCAGUGCAGUACCAGCACCACCAAUGCCAACCAAAGCCAAACCAGGUGGAUAUAUGCCCCCACCCCCACCGCAGUGUUCCUACCCAGAAGACUCACAACUUCAGGAUGAUUUCCUUCCCCCUCCUCCUCCUGAUUUCUUUGAUAUGCCACCUGACUUCUUACCUCCACCUCCUCCAUCAUCUAGUUCCACAUCUGGUUAUGCUCCAGCUCCUCCUCCUCCACCACCACCACAAAUCACAGCCACCGCUGCCGCACCUCCUCCCCCACCGCCACCUUCUGCUUCCGCUCCACCACAGCUACCAAUGAAAAAACUGCCCCCUGCUCCUCCAAAAAGAAGUGACAAUGCACCUUCCAUGUCAAACGGAGGUGGCGGGGAUCAACCAGAUUUUAUGUCGGAUUUGAUGAAAGCUUUACAGAAGAAGCGAGAAAACACAAACUAAAUGGAUGACAUACGGCACCUCCUCCUGAAACAAUGGUGCUGAGCAGCAAACCAUAGAGACUGGAUAAUGAUAUUUAGGGUUUUACGAAAUUUAUGUGGUGUUAUGUUAGAAGACAAUAGUAAAAAUUGUGUAGACUGUUCUAUAGGAUAUAAUCAAACUUUAACUUUACAAUGGAGGAACAUGCUUGAGCAAGUUUCAUUAUGAGGUUUUCUCCGUCAAUGCCUGGAACAGACUGUCAUUGGUUUGGAAAUGGAAAAGCCAGAAAGUUAUAUUUAGCACCUUUGCUUAACAGUAAUUUUAAUCCUGAUCAAGUACAUACAUUUUUUUUAAG